AUGGAACUGGGGGUCCAAGAUGGGAAGGUUGAAGUGACCAAAGAAGGAGUGAAGCUGUGCACCAUGGGGCCUGGCAAGGUCUUUGGGGAGUUGGCCAUCCUCUACAACUGCACCCGGACGGCCACCGUCAAAACUCUGGUAAAUGUGAAGCUUUGGGCUAUUGAUCGGCAAUGUUUUCAAACAAUAAUGAUGAGGACAGGCCUCAUCAAACACACUGAGUAUAUGGAGUUUUUGAAAAGUGUUCCCACAUUCCAGAGCCUUCCUGAGGAGAUACUCAGUAAGCUUGCAGAUGUCCUGGAAGAGACUCACUACGAGAGCGGGGAGUACAUCAUCCGCCAAGGGGCUCGGGGGGACACCUUCUUCAUCAUCAGCAAAGGCAAGGUGAACGUCACUCGUGAGGACUCCCCCGGGGAGGAUCCGGUGUUCCUCCGCACCCUCGGGAAGGGAGAUUGGUUUGGAGAGAAAGCUCUUCAAGGGUAA